AUGAAGGCGCGUGUGCUGUGCGGUGUGCCGGCACUUCCCCGCUGCCCCCCCACCCACUCUGUCCGCCGUGUCACCCCCCCACUGCUCGUCCCCCUCCUCCUGCUCCUGGGCAGCAGCAGCAUCAGCAGCGGCAGCAGCAUCGGGUCCGUCCCUUCCCUGUUCCACCUGGCCCCGGACACACCGGCUCCUGCCGAGCCCACCCCGACCCAGGCCACCCCGCGGCCGGACCCCUGCGAGGGCCGCCCCUGCCUCAACGGGGGGUCGUGCCUGGCCCUGCCCUCUGCCGGCAGGCCGGAGGACACCUGGGAGUACACCUGCACCUGCAGCCAGGGCUUCACAGGACACAACUGCGAGUUUUUCACAGAUCCUUGUACCAGCAGCCCCUGUCUCCAUGGAAACUGCAGCCGGAGCAGCAGCGGGGAGGAGGGAGAGCCGGCCUACACUUGUGAGUGCAGCGAGGGCUACGAGGGGGAGAGGUGUGAUCAAAUCCUAUUGGACCUGCCGGCCGCUGACUGGGACCCUGCCACCCCCUCAGCUCCUGGUCUGGCUACCCCCGUCGCCUCCACCACCGCAGCUGCCACUCAGCCAUCAGAGCCAACCACUUUUCCGUCCACCACCACGCCAGCUUCUCCCACCCUGCAGCCAUGGCAACCCAAACCUGGGCAGAGGCUGCUGGUGGUGCCGUGGGAGGCAGACAGGGUGACAGAGAGUCUGCACUGUGUGAGUCCUGAGCUGUGUGAGCUGACAUCAGGAACUUUGACUGUAUCUCUGGAGGUGCCUGAAGAGACGGCUGUAAAGGUGGUGGUGAAUGCCAGCGGAGCUCCAGAACUUUGGCGAUUGAAUGAAGAGGGUUUCCUCCGUUCGUCCACUUCCAACGGCACUGUGGUGUGGUUCCUGCAGGCUCCUGAUGGACUGGUGGUGCCGGACCAAUCACUGCCCCUGGGACAGAAUUACUUCCUCAGUGUGAUGCACGUGGGCGCCCCCACAGCCCCGGAGGUCACCCUGCGCCUCAACCUGACAGUGAAGGCCAGCAGCUGUGUGGAGCCCGGCAGCAGCUUCAGUGACCCUCAGUGCUCGGGGAAAGGAAAAUGUAUCACACAGCCCUCUGAGAGCACUUUCUUCUGUGAGUGUGAGGACGGCUACACUGGAAUCUUCUGUGAGGAGUUUGACGCCUGCCUCCACCGGCCGUGUCACAACAACGGCACCUGCACAGACGUGAGGCAGGGGGGGGAAGGCCGCAACUUCACAUGCAGCUGCACUUCAGGUUAUGAAGGGGAGCGCUGCCAGUUGCUGGUCGACCACUGCCUCUCUCAUCCCUGCAAAAAUGGAGCCACUUGUUUCAGCAGCCUGGCAGGGCCCAGGUGCUACUGUCCCGAAGGUUUCCAGGGUGCUACAUGUGAGCAGAAGGUUGAUCCAUGCGCCUCCAGCCCCUGUCACAACAACGGGACGUGCUACGCCCAGGGUCCCGGCCCCCUGGGGUUCGGCUGCAGCUGCACAGCAGGCUUCACCGGCCCAACAUGCGCUCAGCUGGUGGACUUCUGCGCCCUGAACCCCUGCGCCCACGGUGUCUGCCGCAGCAUAGGCAACAGCUACAGGUGUCUGUGUGUCCCAGGCUACCAUGGCUUGUACUGUGAGGAGGAGUACAAUGAGUGUCUGUCGGCCCCCUGCCAGAACUACGCCACCUGCAAGGACCUUAUCAACGCCUACGAGUGUGUCUGCACACCACAGUUUGAAGGUAGACACUGUGAAAUCUAUCAGGACCCAUGUCUGAAGGUGCGUUGCCAGAACGGAGGCCGAUGUGAGAGCACAGGACUCAACGCCUCCUGUGCCUGUCCUCCUGGAUACCUGGGGGAGGAAUGCGAGGUCGAUGUCAACGACUGCGAGAGCAACCCUUGUCACCAUGGAGGCACCUGCACUGACCAAUCAAAUGGCUUCACCUGUCACUGUCCACCUGGGUGGGUGGGGCCCAACUGCGAGAUCCACCUGCAGUGGAAGCCAGCCCACACUGAGGACUCUCUGACCAACAUGCCCCGACACUCCCUCUACAUCAUCAUCGGAGCGCUGUGCGUGGCCUUCGUUCUCAUGCUGAUCAUCCUCAUCGUGGGCAUCUGCCGCAUCAGCCGCAUCGAGUACCAGGGCUCAUCCCGCCACGCCUACCAGGAGUUCUACAACUGCCGCAGCAUCGACAGCGAGUUCAGCAACGCCAUCGCCUCCAUCCGCCACGCCAGAUUCGGCAAAAAGGCCAGGCCUGCCAUGUACGAUGCCACCCCCAUCGCCUACGAAGACUACAGUCCUGAUGACAAGCCGCUGGUUACCCUCAUCAAGACGAAGGAUUUGUAA